UCCGGUUGGAGCCAAGACGCAUGCGCAGACAUUGCUGCAAUACUGAAAAAUAGAUAAGUAGAAGCAUUACAGACGUUCGUAACUAGAUACAAAACAUUAAAGUAUAACAUACUUUACUGUACGGUAACGGCAUCCCUGUGUUUUGGCGCUGAAAUGCAUAUUGUAUUUUUUAACUAGUUAUAUAGAUCCCGCGGCCUGCGUGUGCGUGGAGGCGCUGUCAGUAAUGCGCCGCAUCAAACGCUUAAAUGGAGCCGGAAAGCGAGAUAUAGCUACGAUCGACUGAGUGUGCAUGUGGAUACUGCGAUGCUAAGGGGAAGAUGUGCAGCCUGAAGCCCAAAGGCAAUGGGCAUGAACAGCCAAGAGGAGCAAAUAAUCGUUGUCCUUUUCAAGCUUCUAGAUACUGAAUGUUAAACUUUGAGAAUCUUCUAGAAUCCUUCUGUUUCAUAGUGGCACAAUAUUUCAGCAGUAGAUGGUGGACGUCAUGUUUGUCUGUUUAUGUUACCAGUUACUCCUGCGUUAUGCAUUUUCAUUAAUUUGGCUUACAUUCAGCUCCUGAUUUGGGAUCAUUUCCUUGGAUUCCCCUCCUGUCUUGUAUCUUCUCCCGGAAGAACCCUUGACAUUCCUUCUCAAGUGCCCUGCUGAUAGGCCAAAAGUCACUUGUGAAUUUUGUUUUCCUCCCCAUAAUUUGGUUUCAUUUCCACCAAGAUGUCCAGACAAAGCGUCCUCACGGCUGCUAUAGCGACUGUUUUAGGAGCCACUCUUGGUGGCCUGCUGUUUUGGAGGACGCUGAGGUUCCAGAAGAAGAAGCGUUCCCAGGCUCUGGCAUAUUCUGACCCAGUCCAAGAGGAGCAGCUUAGCACAGUGCAACACCCAGUAUCGUUGCCGCUGCCGUCACCGUCACCAUCCCCACCACCACCACCACCACCGAUAUCCAGACCUGUAGCCACCCUCCUGCCCUCACCAGAGCAGCUGCUAAGCGUGCAGCCUGUGGUGGUGACCUCUGGAGAAGACUGGGAGCAGCUGUGGCCCUCACUUGAGAGAGAGUUGUCGGUCUUUCCUGUGCUGGGCCUAGACUGUGAAUGGGUAAAGAACCCGUGUGUCUCGGUGAAAGGCAAGACGGGAGCCGUCUCGCUGCUUCAGAUGGCCUCCUACACGGGUUUCUGCGUGCUGGUGCGGCUGCCGCAGUUCUGCAGCGCAGGGCAGUCCUUACCUCGCAGCCUCGCCGAGAUGCUCAGUGACACGCGGGUGUUGAAGGUAGGCGUUGGCUGCUACGAGGAUGGGAAACGCCUCGCGCGGGACUAUGGCCUGUCGCUCGGAUGCACUGUGGAUCUGCGCAACCUCGUUAUGAAACACAGGAAAAUGGGGUUGACUAAUGGUUUGAGCCUAAAAUCCCUGGCAGCAGAUCUGCUUGAUGUACCUCUAGACAAGUCACUGGAGCUUCGGUGCAGUGACUGGGAGGCAGACCAGUUGACACUGGAGCAGGUGACCUACGCUGCCAGGGAUGCCCAGGUGUCCGUCGCGCUCUUCUUCCGCCUGCUCGGUCUCCAUUCCCCUCCGUGCUCCGCCCUUAGCGGAGAUGCAGUGUUCAAUCAGUUAUCGUCGCACUGUGAGGGUCUGGUGGACGUGCCGUUCCGAGGGCGGGGGGAGGGGGAGGAGAGGACUGCCGAUGGGGGGAGGCGCCGCCGGUGCCGACGGGACACGUCCGAGAGCCCGGGUUCUGGAGAUCAGCAAGUACCCGAUCCCCGCAAAAACAGACGCAAGCCCCUCGGGGUGGGGUACUCCGCCAGGAAAUCCCCGCUUUAUGAUAACUGCUUCCUCCAUGCCCCAGAUGGCCAGCUCCUCUGCACCUGUGACAAGAAGAAAGCCAAGUGGUACUUGGACAAGGACAUUGGAGAACUCCUCAGUGAGGACCCCUUUAUUGUCAGGCUGAAGUUUGAGCCAUCAGGACGGCCCGACUCCCAGCAGGAUUACUACCUUACAGCCAAAGAGAACUGCUGUGUUGUGUGUGGGAAGACUGACUCCUAUAUUAGGAAGAACGUAGUCCCGCACGAAUACCGACGGCACUUUCCGUCGGAGAUGAAGGACCACAACUCCCAUGACAUCCUGCUGCUGUGCACGUAUUGCCACGCGGCGUCCAACGUCCACGACGGGAUGCUGAAGCAGCAGCUGUCUGAGGAGUUCUCCGCGCCCUUGGGAUGCGAGGAGGGAGUGCGGCAGCUGGAGGACGCCGACCGGCGCCGCGUGCGCUCUGCGGCCCGAGCCCUCCUCACAGCCGGCGACGGCCUGCCUGAGUCCCGUCGCUCGGAGCUCGAAGGUGUCAUCAUGUGCUUUUUUGGCGAGGAGCACCAAGAAGUUACCGCAGAGAUGCUACAAAAGGCAGCUAGCCUGAAGACCAGGAUAUUUAACCAGAACUAUGUGCCCCAUGGGCUGAAAGUUGUUCAGGUCUAUGCAGAGCGUGGUCUCCGUGGUCUGAUGGAUCUAGAGAGACGCUGGCGACAGCAUUUUCUCUCCACCAUGAAGCCACAACAUCUUCAUCCGCUCUGGUCCGUGCAUCACAACCAUGUGAAGUUCCUCCGAAAGUACGGUGAGGACCUACCAAUCAAGCUGAACUGAGCCUUCUUCAGUUGUCUCGGCUGAACUUAAUGGAGGACUUGAUGUACAGUCCCAGUAUUCUGCAAACUCCCCCAGCUGCCUCGUUUUUGGUCCUUGCUGGAUUAUCUCCCCCCCCUUUGCAUCUAAUGGCUUUUGCAAGUGUCAAAGAAACCCAGAACUCCUGAGGGCAAAUGGACCUUAAAGUGGGAGGCUAAAAUUUGAUACUUACCGUGGUUAAUCCAGAACACUAACAGUGCGAGAUGACACAGGGUAUGAAGUCCGCAGUAUUUGUGCACACUUUUAAAAUAUUUAAAUGGUGAAUCCUUUUCACUAGUUUAUUUAAGCCUACAUUUUUAAAAGUAAGCUCCAAACCUGCUCUUAAUUCCUUAUGGAUAUGGAUAAUGGACCAUGCUGGUUUGUAGCCGUAAUGUGUUUGUGUGUUCCCAAUCGUGCAGAUGGAGUUGGCUUUACAGAUCUUCAAUAAGGUAGCUUUCAAAACGAUUUUCAUAGAUAAGCUGUGACAUUUGUCUAUUUUGCCUCAAAUUCCACAUUGGUCGAUCUUCUACGAUGGAUCCGACACCUUUUAUUGCUGUAUUUAAACCCUUUUUGGAUUAAUGUCACUUUCUCUCUCUGGGUUUUGGUCAAGCUGAAGGCUGAGCAACUAUCCAUCUGCAGGGUGGUGAGUUGGGAAGUGUCUUCUCGUUCGCCGUAGCCCUGGGUUGUGUGUUCUGUAGGGUAAGGACACCUCACACCUAAUUUGAACCCCUUACUCUAAUUGAGCACUAACCAUGUCCGUCAGGCUGGAAUCUUCAACUUCUACCUUGGCGACGAUGCUUAAUCAUGGCUACUCAUAUUUCAGUUGCUGAAGUGCCAUCUCUUACAUGUUUUCCUGAGAGUUUACUAGCAUUAUUGAAACUGCCUUGAAACAUGGUCCUACUGUAAAGCUGAAAGAACAUUAUACUCUUAAGCACCUUGAAUGUGUCCCGACUCUGUGAAACUUUAAGAAACUCGCUGCUUUUUUAACUUUUACAUUUGUCCAGAUGUAACUCCUAAAAAAGCUGCUUUGUUUCCUUAAUUGUAAAUAAAAGAUUAAAGAUCAUAUUUGUACACAUUGCA